AUGGCAACUGAAAACCCUCAAACGUGGGCUCUUUGGCUCAUACUCUCCGAAAUGGCAUCUGAUAUGCAGGAGGACAAGAAAGUUGCAAAGAUCUUAGUGUUGGGACCUCCAAAAGCAGGAAAAACCACGCUUUGCACAUUUCUCGCCGAUUUUAUGGAAGAUGGAGACACAUUGAAAAAAGGAGAAGAUUCCGGAGAACGAGAAAGAAAAUUUGAAUUCGAGUUUACAAGUGUCUAUAGGCCAACAAAAGGAGUCAGAAUACAAGAAUUUGAAACCCAUGAAUUUUUUACCGAACAGGAGCAAAACGAGUUAGGCGGAACGAGAAGACUGGAGGACUCAGAGAUUCAGCUUUGGGAUGUUAGUGGAGAUAAAAAGUACGAAGACUGCUGGCCAGCAAUAAAAGAAAAUGCCGAAGGAGUCAUUCUUGUUGUGAAUCCGGAAGAGCACAAGGGCUCAGACCUUCAACAAUGGUUCUAUGAAUUUGUAGAGAAGGAGAAUAUUGAUUUGAGUUGUGUCAUGGUGAUUCUGAACGAACAAGGAGCAAAGAAGACCAAUCAUGAACAGAUUUCUGGAUUCGAAAUUCUGCCAAAGCUUCGCGGUGUCCACCACGUGGCUCAUCAUUUCGGCUCUGAGGCUAUGCAAGUCAAGAUGGAAGUCAAUAGCUUCAUGGCAUCGGUUUUGAAAAUGGAUCAACGACAAAUGGGAUCAGGAGUAGAUCACGGAUUGGGCUAUGCUGAUGAACAAGAAGACGAUUUUUAAAAAUAUUCAUUCGAAAAUGGUAUCUACAUAAACGUAUUUUGAUGUUUG